AUUGUCAAGGCGAGAUUUAUUUAUGCUCCUCCCAUCUCAUAUCUUUCUUCAAUUAAAUUUUAUUCCACUCAAGUCACUGGCUUAAACUAAAACACCAUUAUUAAUCGAACACAGGAAUAAAAUAAACAUACAUUUGCUGUAAGAAAAGGCAAUCAAAGAUUAAACUGAACAAUGGAUUUAUUAAAUAGUAUGAAAAACUUAACCAUUAAACAUACACAAAGUGAAGGUGAUCAGCAAUUUUUUAAAUCUAUAUCAGCAGAUAUUGAUGAUGUUGCCACAGAAAUUGUUUUGGCUGAAUAUGCUGAAAAAAUUUUACUUAUUGUGUCUCAAUAUCAAAAAAUAGGAAGUAUGCUAAUGAUACAAAAAGACCAAGUACAUAGUCCUCUAGGUACAGAUGACAUUUAUACAACAAAAGUUAUUUUUGGUGCCACAGGGGAAGAUCAACAAGUAGCCGCAAGAUACUUAGCUGAGGCCAUCAAAAUCACAAAACCACUCUGUAUAUUUAUAAAUCUAAAAUCUUAUGACAUUGAAACUGUAAAAGCUUGCAAAGAUAUCAUUUUGGAUUUAAAGAAAGAAGAGAAAUAAAUAUAAUGGAAGUAGCAAGAACAAAUACUUUCAAAACUGUAAAUAAGUUAUAUGGUCAACUUGUGAUAGGUCCCCCCGGAGCAGGAAAGACAACAUACUGUGACAAAAUGGCGCACUUGCUAAAGAAAUUGGGAAGGAAAAUUAUUAUUAUCAAUUUAGAUCCUGCCAAUGACACAAUGUCUUAUAAAGCUGAUAUUGACAUCAGACAACUGAUAGUCCUUGAAGAAGUUAUGGAACAUUAUAGUCUUGGUCCAAAUGGAGCAUUAUUAUAUUGCUUGCAGUACUUAGAAAAGAACAUUGAAUGGUUAUUAGAUCAAAUAAAAGGUGAACAUGGCACAAAUUUUAUCUUUGACUUACCUGGUCAAGUGGAGCUCUACUGUCAUCAUGAUGUGAUAAGCAAUAUUUUUUCCAAGUUGAUUGAAAAAGCAAAUUUACAAUUAUGUGUAGUUCAUCUUGUUGACUCACAUCAUUGUUCUGAUGCUGGUAAAUUCAUAGCUGCAUUGAUGCUAUCACUUACAGCCAUGUUAAAGAUUGCUCUGCCCCAUGUUAAUUUAUUGACAAAAGUUGAUUUAUUGAAAAAACAUGUAGACAAACUUGAAUUUGGGAUAGAUUUCUACACUGAUGUUUUGGAUUUAAAUUAUUUAUUAGACAGUUUGGAUGGCGACAGGUUUACUGCUAAAUAUAAAAAACUUAAUGCUGCUUUGGUAUCUAUCAUUGAAGAUUAUAGCUUAGUUUCAUUCCAACUGGUAAAUAUGUUCAAUGAAGACAGUUUGAUGUCUGUUAAAAAUUUAGUUGAUAAGGCUAAUGGAUUUGUGUUUAAAGCUGAAGAGGGGAGGCACAUAAAUAGUAUGUUAGCUUGUGCUAUGGGUGUCAAUGAACCUGUAGAUAUAGAUAACUUGUAAUAAAACAUUUUGAUCUGAUAUU